AAUGAUUGUGGCCAGUCUUAUGGCUAUCAUAUUUGCAUUAAGCCUUUUCGGAAAUCUGUUAACUUGUUACGUCAUUUAUGACGAUAAGACUAUGCACACUACGACCAACUAUUAUUUGUUUAACCUGGCGAUAUCGGAUGUGACUCUAACUUUUGCUAUUAUGUUCGAGCUAGCAGGAGAUGUGUACUUUACUUACUCGCCAAGUGAAUGGGUGUGCAAAAUGCAGUGGUUUUCAGUGACCUGUUUAUGGAACAAUACCGUGUUGACCAUGACUGCGCUGGCUAUAGAGAGAUACAAAGCGAUUGUACAUCCUUUAAAUAUUAAGUCUAAUCCAUCGAUUAUGAAGAAAAGAGUAAUGAAAGUCAUAGCCUUGUUGUGGACAGUAGCAAUUAUAUUAACACUACCGGAGAUGUUGAUUGUCACUCUGAGGAAGUACCGCCAAACCAUCGCCUGCUUCGUGAUCCCUACUCCACUGGCAAGAAUUCUUAAUGGAGUGUUAGCAAUUGUGACGUUUUUCAUUCCACUGAUUAUUAUGAUUUUUGUGUAUUCAAUGAUAAUUUAUAAAGUUAAUACUCGACAGAAGAACUUAGGGCACCGAAAUGUUACUAAAAAAAUGAAUACACUCAUCGCCGGGCUUAUGGUAUCAUUCUUGAUAUGUUGGACGCCAUACUUCGUGGAACGAACACUCCUCGCGGUUCUACAUCCCAAUCAACUACUCAAACUAGCUGAGUGGUGGAGUUUAUUGGUGAGACUCGUCAUAAUCAACAGCUGGCUCAGUGUCAUCCUAAACCCGCUGAUAUUCAGCCUGGUAUCUACAAAAUUUAGAAAAGCGCUAAAGAAUCUAUGGAAUUCAAAAAUAAGAAGGAACUCAAACACUACACUACACCAUAUCGGAUUUAUGCAACAAUAGAUAAAUAAUAUU